GUUUGUGAGCAUGACUUCCCCUGGAUUGAGGAUCCAUGCCUUUCAGUUUAUGACGACAGACCAAGCGUUAUGUCUUUAGGCAAGGACCUUAGUCUUAAAAGCAUUAUGUCGCAUCUAACAUCGACGGGAAUUGAAAAAAUUCCAUCAGAACCUUUUACAGAGGCGAAGAACACAGUCACACGAAACGACCUGGUGGCAAAGUUGAUCUCUACUUUUAUUGGUCUUGCUGCCUCCUUCACCAUUACAUACUUCGGCGUCAAAUGGCUUGUAAACGCAAUGGACCCCACCAGGAAAGAGAAACAACAGGCCAAAGAGCGAGCGCAGAAAAUGUUGCACCAGCUUGGAGUGGACAAUGUUAAGGAGCUGUCAGAGUAUGAGUUGUGUAUAGCCUCUAAUCUUGUUGACCCCAAAUCCAUGGAUGUAAGCUGGGAGAACAUUGGUGGACUGGAUGAUGUCAUUCAAGAAAUAAAGGAGAUGGUUAUACUCCCUUUCAAGAGAGCUGACCUUUUCAGACACUCAACACUCCUGCAGCCUCCUAAAGGUGUGCUACUGCAUGGACCUCCAGGCUGUGGCAAGACCAUGAUUGCCAAAGCAGCAGCAAAGGCUGCAGGUGCCCGGUUCAUUAACCUGCAGGUCUCCACACUAGUUGAUAAGUGGUAUGGAGAGUCACAAAAACGAGCUGAGGCAGUUUUCUCUUUGGCAGUCAAGCUACAACCCACCAUAAUUUUCAUUGAUGAAAUUGAUUCUUUUCUAAGAUCCCGAACAUCUACGGACCAUGAGGCCACAGCAAUGAUCAAGACACAGUUCAUGAGUUUCUGGGACGGACUAUUGACUGAUCCAAAUUGCCAUGUCAUGGUGAUGGGAGCUACCAACAGGCCACAAGAUGUGGAUGCAGCCAUUUUACGUAGGAUGCCCAGCAUGUUCCACAUUGGGGUUCCUGGUCGUCUUCAACGUAAAGCUAUAUUGGAGCUUAUUCUUCAGGAUGAAAAGGUGGAAAAUCUGAACUACGAUCAUCUUGCUGAACUAACUGAAGGCUUCUCUGGGAGCGACUUGCAUGAAGUCUGCAGAGCAGCAGCUGUUAGGACUGUCCAUGACUUUUUUUCACAAGCAAGUGAAAGCUUUGAUGAAUCUGGCAGUGACGAGUUACGCAGCCUGACUAUGGAUGAUCUGGAAACAGCAAUCUUAAGACUGAAGGAGACCAAGUCCAUAGCAAGGACUUCUGUUCCCUUUCCUCUAGAUUGAUAAAUUAUUUAAAUGGACUAAGUGCUAGAUGAGUGGAGGUUUUGUCUGAUUUCUUUAGGAGCCCAUAAGAAUGUGAAAGAUGUAGAUAUUUUUAAGAGAACAGUGAUGUGUUAUAGUCUGUUUUUUUAAUAACAUAUCCAUUAUUCCUUGUGCUGUUUUAUUUCCAUAUACUCAUAUGUGUCAUGGUUGUGUCUGCAGUAGUCAUAUUGCAUGUUAGAAUUUUUCUUUCUGUACCACAUCAGUAGAAAGAAUGCGUUAAUGGCAUAAAAUGUGUGAUGUUUGUGUAGAUGGCUUGGUUCUACCGUUUGAAUAUGGAAAAGCAUGAAUCAAAAUUGCUUAUGUUCAUUUACUUGCUUACUUAAGGAAUCCUUGUAUGCAUUAGUUCAUAAAACCUGAAUAUGUGGGAAAGUAGGACCUUAAUAAUGAUGCUCAAUUAAAGAGAACUGUACAGGCUAGAAAAUAAUUGUCAUCACGUGCAGUAUGUAGAAAAAUAUGAUAAUGUGCACUAUGCAUAAUGAAGGUUUGCAUUGCCAGUCUCUAUACCUCUUGCUUUGUUUGCUAGAAGUUUCAGAAUUGGGAUCUUCAGGUCAGUGAACAUGCGUUUCUCUAACCUCUCCGCAUUCUUUGUUUUUUUUUAGGGGGGGGGGGUAGAAGGGGAUGCAUUUAAUGGUUUUAUCCUCAUUGAAAAUAGCAACAAAUGAGAAAAAACUAAAUGCUGUGUUGGAGUAAGCUCAUCAUUUACUCAUUUUGACAUUUGAAAGGAAUUUUUAAUGAAAUUCUUGCUUUCUAAUGCAUUUUUGUCUUUUAUGCACAUUACAGGUCUGUUAACAUCAUCCAAGAUGUAAAAGAAAAAAAAAAGCUCCCCACUGAGCAAACAUUUGAUAGUACUUAGUGAGAUAUUUGAUAGUACUGAAGGUUUUGCAAGUUUUUUGCACACAACACACUUGUGGGUUAACCACGUGGCAUAUUGCUGUACCAGAAUAAAUGUUGGAAGCCAUUGAUUGCUUUACUGAACUUUUCAGCCACUGGGGUAUUAUUACCUUAUUUUCAUUUUGAGUAAUUUUUGAUAACAAGACCUAAUCUAGCGUGCCUUGGGAAACCACCCUAAGGUUUUCUACGUAUAGUGAUGUAAAUAGUAGGCAUUUAAAAGUCUUGACAGGUUGCCUAGUAAUGAGCUAUAGUCAUGGAUUGGUGACAUUAGAUUUAAUAUUUAUUCUUUGCAUUCACCAGUAUGUUUACCACUGAUGCUCUUGGUGUACUUAUGUACUGUCUAGCUUCCGCUAAAUGAUUGUAAGUCUGCUUAAACUAAAUAUCUUCUAUAAAAAAAAUUUUAUGUAAUGAAAUGGUUAAAAAAAAAGUCCAUACAUAUUGGCAGCCAAAGUUAGUUAUAUAUAGGUUUAACAUUUUGUUCUGUAAUAAGUACUGAGUGAUUUUUGCUGCUUAUUUGUUACACAAAUAUGUUCAAUAUGUUAGCACACAAUGAGAAUGGGUACAGACAAAUUCAAGCUUAUUUUUUUAGUAAUCUGUAUUCAGAGUUUGAUUAAGGAAAUUAAGUGUAUGAUUUU